AUGAAGACUGCCUUAAUUUUGCUCAGCAUUUUGGGAAUGGCCUGUGCUUUCUCAAUGAAAAAUUUUUAUCGACGAGCCAAAUCAGAAGAUUCUGAAGAAAACGCGGUCUUUAAGUACCGACCACGAUAUUCUCUUUAUAAGUAUGCUUACUUUUAUCCUCCUUUAAAACGAUUUCCAGUUCAGAGCAAUAGCGAUUCAUCGGAAGAAAAUGGGGACGGUGAUAGCUCAGAAGAGGAGGAGGAAGAAGAGGAGACUUCAAAUGAAGAAGAAAACAAUGAAGAGAAUGAAGACGAAGAGUCUGAGGCUGAGAACUCAACCCUCUGGACAGCGACACCAGGCUAUGGAGAGAUGACACCAGGGACAGCGACCAUUGGCCUGGCUGGAAUUCAGCUUCCCAAGAAGGCGCCAGGAAGCGGCCCGCGGAAGGAAGAGGAGAGUGAUGAGGAGGAAGAGGAAGAGGAGGAAAACGAAGAGAAUGAAGCGGAGGUGGAUGCCCAGGAGCACGGCGCCAACAGCACGAACGCCAACAGCACCCAGGCGAGCCCGGGCGGCGGGGACGACGACGGGGACGACGGGGACGCGCAGGGCGAGGGGACCACCCCGGCCGCUGUCCACGCCGCCACCACGGCGGCUGGCCUGCAGGCGACCACCGCUGCCGCCCCAAACGGUGGCCUGGAGCCCACCGCCCCCGCGCAGGACCUCCAGGGGACCCCCGCCGCCCCCCUGGGGGAGACCACCACCCCCGCUGCCUAUGAGGACGAGUAUGAGCACAUUGGCACCAGCGAGUACGACAACGGGUACGAGGUCUACGAAAACGAGCACGCGGAGCCCCGUGGGGACAACUACCGGGCCUACGAGGACGAGUACAGCUACUACAAGGGGCGCGGCUACGACGGGUACGACGGCCAGAAUUAUUACUGA